CAUCGAAGCAGACGCUCAAAAAUUUUUUUUGUCAGACAGAGGGCGCUCACUGCGCGCUCACUGCUGCAGCUAAAAACAAAUCAAAUCACACUAAGUUUCUGAACGAAUCUGUCACUGUCAGUGUGCCUACUGUCACUGUCAGUGACAAAUAUUCAAGACUGUCAGUGUCAUGUCAUUCGUGUAUGUUACAAUUACUACUACGUUAAGUUCGUUAUCAAUAUUUAACCGUUUUUUGUGUGGAGUGAACCCUGUAGUGAUAAGCUUAGUGUACAAAAGAUGGAAAGUGAUAGUGACACUACUCCUACAACGCCAAGAAAGAAAGCCAAACUAUCGAAGGUAAAGCAAAAAUAUAAGCACGAAUGGGAAUGCCAAUAUGACUGGUUAACGAGUGAUCCACUGUGCGAAUAUAAUGCUAAAUGCAAAAUGUGUGCUUUAACAUUUACAAUUUCUCACGCAGGUGUUGGGCAGGUUAAACAACACUUGACCAGCAAAAAACACCAAGCAAAAAUGGAAAUGAGAAAAUCUAGUGGAUUGUUACAAAAGUUUUUUCCUAAAACUUCUGCUUCUACAUCAGGCUUGUCUUCUAAUGAAGAUACCAAGUUAGCAGCGGCUGAGUUAGCGAUGACAUACCAUACUGUCAAGCAUAAUUUAUCAUACAAUAGCCAGGACUGUAGUAUCAAAUUAAAUAAGAUUAUCUAUGUUGAUUCCAAAACAGCCACUAACUUACGAUUGGCUAGGACAAAAAUGGAGGCAUUAGUGACCGAAGUUCUUGGCCCACAUUCCUUGCAGUCUGUUAUUGAUCAGUUAAAUAAAGACAAUGUAUUUUACUGUCUGCAAACUGAUGCCUCCAAUAAAAAAAUAUUAAAUUGUUUCCUCUGGUAGUUCAAUAUUUUACCCCUAAAAGUGGAAUACAACAAAAAUUAAUUGAUUUUUAUGAAAAUCCAGAUGAAUCUGCCAAUGGUAUGUUUUCAGCAAUUAAAAACUCCUUAGAGUCUUUGGAACUUCCUUUCAGUCAAAUAUCUGGUUUUAGCGCUGACAAUACUAAUGCAAAUUUUGGACAUAAUCAUUCAUUAUAUACAAACAUUUUAGAGGUUAUUCCAGAUUUA